CGUACCCGUUGAUUUCAUCCUCCAAACAUCGUGUUAGUUCGAACAACUCGCGAGUGAUGAGACUCGAAAAAUCCCGCCAUUUCUUAACAGGCACGUAAUGACGUUGAUCAAAUUUUAACAAAGCCAAGUUAAGCCUUCAGUUUCAAGCAAGUUUCACGUACAAACGCCGAACGAUAGAACAAAAUGGAAACACCAAAUUUGUCGCAUCUUCAUAACGUGGAAGUAAUUCCUGCUAUGACCACGAAAUCACCAAGGGGAAGCCCCACGAAAAUCAAUGUCAUCACUCUAAGUAUCCCACUAUCUGAUGCACGACUGAUAAAUCUGAUGUUAUUAAUUCUGGGAACCAGUCUGAAUUUUGUAAUUAUACUAGCGAUCGUUUCUAAAUCGUCAACGAGAACAUCUCCGAAUUUUUACAUCAUAAGCUUCGCAUGUUCAAACAUGGUGAUAUUAAUCGAACCACUGGAAGAGGUACUUAAAUGGUUCUUCGACAUAAACAUGAAAUUAAACAUGGAUUACGUGCUGAUGAUAAGCUUUGAUGUUUCUAUCAUCACAUUUUCGGUUUUGAUAUUCAUGUUGUAUAUUAGUAUCUUUCAAGAUCACGUCUCUUUUGGACAUGUGGUACUAAAGAAAAAAAAUGCUAUUAAAGGUAUUCUGUUGAUUUGGUGUUCGUGCAUUAUUUCACUUGCUAUUGGCCUCCAUAUAUAUGACUUUUUUGAAGAGGAUAUGGCGGAUAUUUACGUGUGUUUCACGUUCAUGUUUAUCACUAUGCCGUUGAUCGUAUCAAUUACUUUAGGCUCUCUGAUUAUUUACGAAUUGUAUAUAUUGAGAAAAAUCGAGGGAUGGUGGAGAAUGAAGGAGCUAAAGCACUAUAUUAUGUUAGUGGUUAUCGGAGUCGCUUUCCUAUUGAUACGAACGCCAUAUCGACUGGCUAGAGCGAUCAAUUUCUUACUACCUAAGGCAUCGUGCUGCACAGACGACAAGAGAGAGGGACUCUACUUCAUGGCCAAAACGUACCCCACUAUCUUCUCGCUCAUCUACAUUAUAUUAUCGAAUGAAUUUCAUGAAAUCUUUGAGCAGGCGAUCCCAAAAUGUCGAUGCCACAAAUCGUCCAGAGAAACCAUUCAUGAAGUUGUUGCUUAACUAGCAGGAAGGUUAUCAUUAUUAUUAUUAUAUCAUGGUAUUUAAUUUGAUAAAAUUAAAUAAAUUUCAAUACAUGAACUUAUAUCUUUUACCAUACUGUACGUAUAUAUUCUCUCUUAAUUUGAAUAAUAGAUUCGUAAAUAGGAGAGUGUAACGAUCUAUUUGUCAGAGUGAAGAUUAAUAUAGAAACGUCGUGUUUGAUAUUUCCACCCGAGCUAAGUAACACUAGCAUCAAAAAAUUUAUUUAUAGUACACACAGUGCGUCAUUCCUGCGUGAAUUACUCAAAAGCUCAAAGCGCUGCUCUCAAACAUGAAAGACGUGCUUUGUGUACAAAGUUGGACUUAAAACAUACGCCAUGAGAUUGAUACUCAUAACACAGUGAGAACAAGAGUACCUCAAAAACUCUUGAAUAUUAACUUACACCUAGCAAAAACAUGCAUCAUGACCAAAUUAAGAAAAGAGCAAGGAUCUUAUAGGAUCUUAAAACGUCUUAGAGCAAACUCGUAGUGACACUUAAGAAAUUUGAAGAUAAUGAUGAUUCAAAACAUUUGAAGCAAAUAAAAAAAACUAAUUCUUUUAACGAACAAUUCCCCAAGCAAGUGUUGUAAGCUUACAAGUGAAAUUGAAGAUUUCAGCAAAUAUGAAAAAAGAAAUCCUAACGAAACGAAUAAUAGAAUUUUCAAAUAAUGGAGUCAUUACUUUUCUCGUAUUAAAUCUCAUUUAUUCAAACAGAAUUCGAUAAAAUUGUUAAUCUGUUUCAAUAUUUAAGGAUCCUACACUUUUUUGAUUGCAUAUUUUUCACCUGUAGCCUUCAUUGGCAAGGGCUAAAGCUCACAUAGUUGAAAUUAAUGUGUCUUUAAUGAUCUUUAAUUUUGUAAUUAUAUGUGUAAGUUCCUGAUUAAAGGAAAAUCCGAUUAAUAAGUUGAAGUAAUUGACAAGACAACCAUCGAUUCCAAGAACAUUUUCUACCUACUACGCAAAGGAGCAAGCAAGGGUAGACGAAAUUUGCGCUCACGUUCUUCGACAGGACAAGAGAAGCUUUUGUGUCGCAGUCGCAAAGUCGUGAAUUCAUUGCGCUCUCUGUAUGCAAAUUCGCUCCCCUUUGGGUGCGUCUGUCGAGUGCAUAAGUCGAUGGAGAGUUGCACUUACGUGUUCGGCUCGAACGACUACACGCGCUUUGUAUCUGCCAGAUUGUCGAGAAAAAGACCCGCGAGUACCAACCAUAAUCUGCUGGUCGCGCGAAAUCGUUUCGAACGCUUCGAUUGUUAGCCAGUUACGAUAGCGACACGUCCAAACUUACACGUUCUGUUCGUUUAAAUGAACACGAGCAGACGGUUGAAAGUGUUUCACAUUGUACGCUGUAUCGAACAUUCUGCGUCAUUCCUUGUA